UGCAUGCAAACGUAGCGCGGUUGAAGUUGCUUGUGUUUUAUUUUGUUAAAUAUUUGCGUCAAACGUGUUUUACACCUGUGUCAAUUUAUCAAAGACAUUUAAUUUGAAAUAUUGUUAUGGUUAAAAAUUCUAUACUGUGAGUUCGCUUCUUUGGUGUUAUUGUUUGGGCGAAUUAUGUGAAAAGUAAUCUAAGUUUUUGGACGUAUUGAGGUGUGAAGUGUGACAAAAUACUUUCUCGUAUUAUCAAUUUCGCGCUACUCGAAAAGCGAAUUCCCCGAAAAUGAGUUAAACAAACUUUUAUUUAACUUAAAUAUUUAGUUUAUGGAUUAUUACAACUUGGACUUUUGUGUAUUUUACUAUAUAAAAUGACGACGGACAGAUUUCAUAAGGCAGCCAAAGACGGUCUACUGGACGUGCUGCGCGAGGCGACACGAAAAGAGUGCAACAAUAAGGACGAGUCUGGAAUGACACCUACUCUUUGGGCAGCGUUCGAAGGUCAUAUCUCUGCUCUGCGGUUGCUCUGUGGCAGAGGUGGUGAACCAGACAAAGCGGAUUAUUUCGGUAACACAGCACUCCAUCUAGCGGCGGCGCGCGGUCAUAAGGAGUGUGUGACAUUCCUCGUUAACUUCGGUGCUAACCCAUACGCGGUAGAUGUGGACGGCCACACCGCGCAGGAGCUGGCCGCCAUCAACAACCGGGAGGAUAUCCUGCGCCUCCUCGAUCAGGCCACCGCCAAGCUAGAGAACACUGACAAGAAGAAAGCAAAAUCAUUAAAAGAGAAGGCUCGAAAAGACCAUGAGAAAAUGCAAAAGCAAUACGCGAAAAGACAGAGCAAAGCAGAAGUUAUAGCGGAGAAGGAAUUGAAGAAACUGACAAAAGACUGGGAUCAGGGUUACACUGAGGAGGUGUCGACGAUGCCGCACCGCCCCAGCAACGUGCUCAUGGCGCUCAAACAGAGGAUGAUCCGGUCUACUAGUCAAGGUAACUUGCUGUCGGAGGAGCAGCCGCGGCCGACGUACAGUUUCCCCAGACGGUCUAUUACAGCAACACUGAGCGGUCUGCCGGGCGUGGGCGUGGGCGUGGGCGGGCCGGGAGAGGACCUCUCCAUAGGGUCUGCAGGCUCGCUGGCCAGGCACGCCUACCAGCCUGCGGAGUGGAACUCUGUACAUUCCGGCAGCUCAACGAUAACCUCGGAUGAAGAGGGCGAGGUUGAGGAGUCAGGGUACGCGUCGCUGGAGAGGUUCCUGAUCGCGUGGGGUCUGGCGCAGUACGUGCACAAGUUCAAGGACGAGCAGAUAGACCUGGACGCCCUGAUGCUGCUGACAGAGAGCGACAUGAAGUCCCUCGGCCUGCCCCUGGGGCCCUACAGAAAGCUGGUCACCGCAGUACAGGAGAGGAAGCAGGCCCUAUCACAUCCAGGACCAAUUAUAGACACGGCUAUAUAAUCUUUUAAAUACAGUAUUGUGUGAAAUGUCAUUUUUAUUGAAAUAAUGGACGCUAUAGGCCUCAACAUAAUUUAGAUAGUUUCAAAUAAAUUUUAUCUUAAACAUAUGUCAACCCUUUAAUACUGUCUAGCGUUGGGUGCGAAUUUUUAUCAAAAAUGCGCUCAAAAUAAAUAAGUAAAUACUAGAAGCAGUGUGAGAUAUUUUUAUUGUGAAACAUAACCAUGUAGACGUAUCAAUCAGUGGUGGUUAAAAUUAAAACACGUGUUUAAAUAAACUGUGUUUUACGAUAUUUUGGGGUAAUAAAGCAUUUUUUUAAUAUUGUAUAAUGUAUUUGCCACAUUAUGUUAUUGAUUAUGAAAUAAGUGAUUGAAUAGAAUAUUAGUAACGUUUUCCGCCAAGAUUUAAAUGCCUCUUGAGAUGUGAUACUUUUUAAAUAUAAAUGAUUCCAUCCAGUGUCGCCAUAUUUAAAUAUUUUGUACAGAUUUA